UAUCAAACUACUCCCAAAGAUUUACGUCGAUUAUUUGAAAAAUAUGGUGAUAUUGAUCGUUAUACGAAGCAAAGUAAAGGAUUUGGUUUUGUUCGCUAUUAUAGUCGAAGAGACGCUGAAUAUGCAAUGGAUCGUAUGGAUGGUCGAUGGCUAGAUGGUCGUGAAAUACGCGUUGGUCUUGCGAGAUAUGAACGGCCAAUUGAUGAACGUGGAAGCGGUCGAAAUAAUAGUGGUGGAUAUCGUAGUGGGAGACGGUAUGGUAUUAUAUUUAUUUUGAUAGAAAAUUGUUCCUUCUUUGUGCGCUUUUUUACUUUUUCUGCCAUCACUUUUUGCAGGGAACUCUGGUAUUAUCAUAUUGUUACUUAA